CUUUCUCUUAAAUAUGCCGACUGACAUUCCGACUUCAACUUCUCCUAAUACUAUUCUGUUUUCUGACUCGACUUUCAAUAGAGAGUUACAUAAAACAUAUAAAAGGUUGAAUUGGAAUCAGAAGAUGACUUAUGAAAACUUUCCUGACGAUUUGACGAAAGUCUCUUAUUUGAAAGGAAUAUUGGAAGAGCGUAAAAAAUGGAAACUUUUAGUGAAUUUAUAUAGUCAUUUAGCAAGUAUCGCUAUUACUAUUAAUUUUAUCAAUUUAACAUAUGACCCGGAUAAAGAUAUUAUUGAAACGAUUCUUUCGGCUUCAUUUUGCUUUGUUAUUGGUAUUCGAAUUUCUAGACUUGUAAAAAUGUUGUCUGUUUUGGCAGAGGGUAGAGAAUAGAGAGAUUUGAAUACAAAUUUCUGGACUUCCUUUUAUCAUUCAUAAACAUAUGAUCUUUAAUUAAUAUUUCAUAAUAAAUACGAUGAUAAUUCCACAAUAACAAUAUGAGAAAUUAUAUAAGGCCAAUGACUCGCUUUUAUAUUUAUAUUAUAAUUAUUCUUAGAAAUUGGUAAACCAAAUAAAAGAUGACCGGA